AUGGCUGCAGUGAAUAUUUCUCUUUCUCAGGAUCAGUUUAUCUGCUCUCUUUGUCUGGAGAUCCUGAAGGCACCAGUGACUAUCCCAUGUGGUCACAAUUACUGCAUGAGCUGCAUUGAAGUAAAAUGGGAUCAGAGUAAAGAGUAUAGCUGUCCCCAGUGUGCAGAACACUUUGAUUUAAGGCCUGUGCUUCACCAGAAUGCCAUAUUGGUUGAUAUUGUUAAGGCACUGAAGGCAGUAAGACUCAUUUCUACUUCACUUGACAACUUUGCAGGACCAGAGGACAUACCUUGUGAUGUAUGUCCUACAAAAAAACAGAAAGCCAUCCUUACCUGCCUGACCUGCUUGGCUUCCUUCUGUGAGAUGCACUUCCAGCCUCAUAGGAAAUCUGAGGCACUGAAGAAACAUAAAGUGGAGAAGCCAACUAGAAACCUGGAGCAUAAAAUGUGCUCAAAGCAUGAGAAGUUAUUGGAAGUUUUCUGUAGGACUGAUCAGAGUGGCAUCUGCCAUUCAUGUGUAAUGACUGAACACAGGGAUCAUGAUGUGGUAAUAUCUGACACACAGAGAGCAGAGAACCAGAGCCAGCUAGAGGCAACACUAAAAGAAAUUAAGAAGAAACUCCAGCUGCGACUGAGGAAAGUAGAGGAGAUCAGAGAUGCUAUAGACAUUAUUAAGAUCUCUGCAGACAAAGAAGUGUGGGAAAGUAACAAGAGCUUUGCUGAUCUUAUAAACUGCAUUGAGGAGACCUGCAGGAAAGUGACAGAGUGGAUUACAGAGCAAGACAACAGAGAAAUGGGGAAUGCUGAAGCAGCAAUCGAGCAACUGGUGAAAGAGAUCGAGGACCUGAAGGCAAAAGAUGCUCAGCUGACUGAGCUUUUAGAGAUAGACGACAACAUCCACUUUCUCCAGAAUUUAUCAUCUCUCUGUGUCCCUCCUGAAGAUAAACAUUCACUUUGUUUUACUAUCUCUUCAAACUUCUCUACUGAGAAUGUGAGUAAGGAGCUGUCCCAGCUUAAAAAAUGCCUGGACAAAAUCUGGCAGUGGAAAAUAGAGAAGUUCACACCAGCAGGGGCAGAAACAUCUCUUUACAUCUUGCAAUCUCCACCACCUCAAAGCCGAGAGGAAUUUUUACAAUAUGCCUGUGACCUCACCCUGGACCCCAACACAGCAAACAUAUUUCUCACUCUUUCUGAAGGGAACAGGAAGGUCACAUAUGAUGGGGCAGAGAGCCAGUAUCCUGACCAUCCUGACAGAUUUGACUACUGGGAGCAGGUUCUAUGCGCACAGGCUUUGACUGGGACCCGCAGUUAUUGGGAGGUGGAAUGGAACGGAAGGGAGGUUGAGAUUGGAGUAACAUACAAAGGGAUUUGCAGGAAAGGAGAAGAUGAUGAGUGUCGAAUUGGAGAUAAUGACAUGUCAUGGUGUUUGUGGUGCUCUGAUUAUGGUUAUUCUGUGUGUCACAACUACACAGCAACUGUAAUCUCUGAAUCUUACAGCCCCAGAAUAGGAGUGUAUUUAGACAUUCCUUCUGGUUUAUUGUCAUUUUAUAGCAUCUCAGACACCAUGACUCUUCUGUACACAUUCAAAGCCUCAUUCACUGAGCCCCUUUAUCCUGGGUUUUGGGUUGAAUUUGAAUCCAGUGUAACAAUUUGCCAGUUAAAGACUUCUGGCCAAUGA